AACCAAACCGUUGUUUUUUAGAGAUAACAUUUUCAUUAAAAUCGGGAUGAGGCUCGGUUCGUUCGCUCAGUUCUAGGGGUGGAUUGAAACAAUACACAACCAACAAGUGGAAGGAUCGUUUUGUUAACAAGUUUCGUGUAAAAAGUUUUCCUUAAAAAGUGGUACCAUUGAUUGUCACGUUGAUUGAACGAACUGCACCAUGCGUAUUAUUGUGGAAGAGCACCCCAAUCUGUUGGAUGUUUCGGAGUUACUAAGGCCGGAGAAAAAGUUCGCCGACAAAGAGGUGUCUCAGUUCCGAGAUUACAGUAUCGACGAGAAUGACCCGUUAAAGGAACGUGUUCGGCGAACCUACAAACUGAUGCAUACUCACCAGACGGUGGAUUUCGUUAAAGGUCGCCACGAAGACUGGCUCAAAUUCGACCAUUUCCGGGCAACGAUUCGGGAAGCACUGGAGAAGCUCAAUGAUCUGGUCGAUGAAUCCGACCCGGAUCUGGACCUACCCAACAUCAUUCAUGCGUUCCAGACUGCCGAACGAGCUCGGGAGGAAUACCCGGAGUGGGACUGGCUGCACUUGACCGGCCUUAUCCAUGAUCUGGGCAAGGUGAUGGCCUUCUACGGGGAGCCACAGUGGGCCGUGGUCGGAGAUACCUUCCCGGUCGGGUGCGACUGGGGUCAGAGUAUCGUCUAUCGGGAGGAAAGUUUCGUGGACAAUGUCGACGGCAAGAAUUCCAAAUACAACACCAAAUACGGAAAGUACCAACCCAACUGCGGUCUGGAGCGGUUAACAAUGUCCUGGGGUCACGACGAAUACCUGUACCGGGUGUUGGUGCACAACAAGAGUACUCUGCCGCCUCAGGCUCUGAACAUGAUCCGGUACCAUUCGUUCUACCCAUGGCAUUCGGGUGGAGACUACGCUCAUCUGACCACGGACAAGGACGAGGAAACCAAACGAUGGGUCUUGCUUUUUAAUCGUUACGAUUUGUAUACCAAAUGUACGAAGAUACCGGACUUGGAGGCGCUGUGGCCGUAUUACCAGAGCUUGAUCGACAAAUACAUUCCUGGAGAGAUUGAAUGGUGAGGGCACGAAACGGGACCAGAUAUAUGUUUUAAUAUUUAUACUA